AUGGCGACCUCCACGGACCAGUAUCGCCAAUACCCACCGCCGUCGAAUUAUCCGGCCCAGCAAUAUCAGCAGCAGCCUUAUCAGCAGCAGCAGCAGCAACAACAGCAGCCGUACUAUCAAAACUCCCAGACCCAGCCCCAGUCUCAGUCCCAGUCCCAGCCGCGCCGGACCUCACAGAACCCACCCGCCGAUCAUCGAACCUUCAGUUUCCAUUCUCAACGAUCGCAUAAGAGCUCUGGGAGCAAGGAUUUGCAGGAAACACACGCAGAGAAGGAAGCAAAACGUCUACACAGCAAAGCCGACCCUACCUUGGCUAUCAGCGAAGCAGAGCCAUCUGUUGUCGCCGCCAUGAUGACCGAGUCGACUUUUGCGCCUCUGCGCUCAGUACAACACAAAGAUACAUACGGAAACGCCAUCGCCGAUCCUGACAAGUCGAACCCUACUCGAAACAGAUGGGAACGCCCGCUAGACACAAUUCGAAGUUUCGAGGCGGCGAUUGACGGUGGUUACUCACGCAAGUCGCUCUAUCGAGCGGAGACAGACUCACAAGCCAAUUGGAACCGACGCAACAGUUCUUUUACCAACCAAUCUCGUUAUCCUCACGACAGCUACUAUGGUCGACCUGCGUCUCUCAGGCCCGAAAACUCCCACUACGAGUCGGGACCUCCCCGAAGCAGCUACUUUGAUGGGCAGGCUUACAACAACGGUUACGGGACCGGGCCGUCGCGGCAACGGAUGUCUAGGUUACAGUCGGAGCCACAGUACCAAAACCACGGACGUGACCAGAACAUUUACCCUCUGCCUCACAAGGAUCGAUCAUAUGAGACCGUGACAUCUGCAGCGGGCAGCGGCAACUCGGAUCAGGCAGGAUACCAGACGGACCCCACGAGCAGCGACAACAGCUCGAUCGAUCGGACAAUGCCGGCUAAGCGCCGCGAACCUUUUAAUGAGCAUGGCUCCGCUCCCAAUAUGGCACAGCAACCGUAUCAGUCCCGACCCUGGCCGGGCUCCGGCGCUAAUGGAAACGGAAAACAACCACAAGGACCGCCGUCUCCACAGGCGCGACCUGCUGCAGCACAACAGCCACCAGCUGCGGCUCAGAAACCGAAACACGCGCUUCUGAGGCGGACGUCGACGCAACAGUCGCAACAGUUGCAACGACCUGGGUCUGAGAGUGGCGAAAAGCGUAAGAGUUGGUUCGCCCGCCGGUUCAGCAAAAACACUUGA